AUGGCCAGCGUAAAACGCUUACAACACGGCGCCUACACAGUCGGUUGGCUCUGUGCCUUACAUGUGGAAAUGGCAGCGGCCAAGGCAAUGCUGGACGAAAGACACCAGAAUUUACCUCAACCACCGCGGGACAAUAACAACUACGUUCUUGGGGAAAUCUUCGGACACAAUGUAGUGAUCGCAUGUCUUCCGUCGGGGGAGUACGGCACCAACUCAGCUGCUACCGUCUCGACACAGAUGCUCUCCACCUUCCCCAAGAUCCAGUUUAAUCUGAUGGUCGGGAUUAGCGGCGGCGCCCCCGGAACCGUGGAUAUCAGACUGGGUGAUGUGGUUGUCAGUAACCCAACAGGGAAAUACGGGGGUGUUGUGCAAUAUGAUCUCGGGAAGACGGUUGGCGACGGCUGCUCAGUGCAUACAGGCACGCUCAAUAGACCGCCACAGCGUCUUCUAACUGCGGUAGGAAACUUGCGCUCUGAGUGCAUGAUGGGGACGACUCGUGUACCCGAAUUUCUCCUCGAAAUGGAGAAGAAAUACCCUGCCAUGUGUGAUUUUCAGUACCCGAAGUCUGCCGUCGACAAUCUAUUCCGUGCCGAUUACGACCACCCGGACGCAGAACAGUCGUGUGAGAGCUGUUGUAAUAAGAGGAUGGUGGUGCAUCGAGAGCCACGACUGUCGCAGAUCCCCAAAAUCCAUUACGGGCUGAUCGCGUCCGGCAACCAAGUGAUGAAGCAUGCGGCAUCAAGGGAUCGCAUCGCGAAGGAACAUGGUGUUAUCUGCUUUGAGAUGGAGGCUGCUGGCUUGAUGAAUCACUUCCCGUGUCUAGUAAUUCGAGGGAUAUGUGAUUAUGCUGAUUCUCAUAAGAACAAGGAGUGGCAAAAAUAUGCUGCGGCAACAGCUGCUGCGUAUGCGAAAGAGCUACUAGCCGUGAUUCAGGGCUCGGAAACAGUUGCAGGUGCAAUGGUCCAGUUCGGCCACAUUCCAGAGGAUAACCGUGUUGAUGAGGCCUCUAUGUUUCACUCACUUUCGCAGCGAGAUGAAUGGCAAAUCGCCCGAAACGUUGGUAACACUCCAUUCAACAUCUUUGAGCGUCUUUCAGACUAUGAUCCGUACCGGACAUGCCGAGACUAUCUGCGAAGAAGAUGCCCGGACACGACUACUUGGAUUCUAAGCAAAGCAACCUUUAAAAACUGGCUAGAGAGACGGGGUCAUUCCUGCCUGUGGCUUACAGGGAAAAUUGGAUGCGGCAAGACCUUGGUCACAAGCACCAUAGUACAGUUUUUGGAGACUCUCCACAGCGACUCGUCUACCCUCGUCGCGCAUUUCUUCUACAGCCAUCGCAACCGAGACCGUCUAAAGGCGAGGGAUUUGUUUGAGAGCUUCACAAAGCAAAUCCUGGCAUACUUGUCUCGCAUCGCUAAACCUUUCCCGGCAGCGGUCGUCAAGAACCUUAAAAAUCUUUACAAGGUUGGCAGCUACCCCUCUUCCUUGAGAGAAAUGGUGGAAGAUGUCUUCCUAUUAGCCUGUCGCGCGGUUCCGAAUGCCAUCUAUGUUGUUGACGGAUUGGACGAAUGCGAGCGAUCUGAAGUGCUAGAAAUCUUUGAAGUAUUCCGGGCGAUGAUUUUGCAAAAUAAUUCCAGAAUCCUGGUUUCUGGGCGUGAUGGAAUCGAUCUAAAGCAGGCAAUUCCAGGCGCCAUGACUAUUGGAAUUGCCAAUCAAGGAAAUGGCAACGAUAUUCGCAAAUUCGUUGAUUGGAAAAUAGACGAGAAAUCUCGCGACCGUCCGUUGACCGAGAAUUUGGCCUUGCUACAGGAUAUCAAGCGGAAACUCUUGGAGAGAGCGGAUUGCAUGUUCCUGUGGGUCAGUCUGCAGCUGGAUAUGCUAUGGGAAGAAUGCUAUACAGAUGCCGAAAUUCAAACCGCCAUGGAUAACCUACCGAAAGACUUGAGCGAAACAUACAACCGCUGCUUAGCUCGAAUCAAUCAGAAGCAUAACCGGUUGGCCCAGAAGGUCUUAUAUUGGGUAUGUGUAGCAAUCAAACCUUUUGAAGCAGCUCAGAUGCAGGAAGCACUCGCCAUGGAUCCAGAAAGCGGGUUGGUGGAUUCAAAGAAUAUGCUGCCUCUAAAAGAGAUAAUCAAGUUUUGUCCACACCUUGUCAUUCGGGACUCCAAUGACCGAAUCCAUCUCACUCACGCCUCGGUGAGUCAGUUCUUGGAUGAGAGAUCUGCCCAAGUCAGUCAACUCUGGGGUGACUACACCCUCAACGAUGCUAGGGCUGAACUAGGCGACCUUUGUAUGACCCGUCUCCUCUCGUUCGGUUCAGAGGAAAGUCGCGAAGGUGACCGUGGCCAGGUGGAUGUGAGCCAAUUCCUUCAGGUCGUCAAAAAGCAAGUGCCGUAUGCCGAAGCACUGGGACUUUGGACGCCGCGAACAGCGCAGAUACCCUGGCCACCGAAACUUCCACAGAGGAGAGCCAUGACAGAGGCUUCGACUUUCUUCAAUUUUGCCAAAUAUCACUGGGCGCGCCUAACUGAUGGGAUUCACCAGAGCUCACCAUCUUGGGCAAAGUUCACGAAGAUCGCACUGGAGCAAGACUACUCAUUGCGGGUUCAGCCCUGGAAGUCCAUUGGACAAUCAGCCGCGUCACAUUGCGUCGCGGCGUUAGGAUGGGCCAUCGCCAAUAGACAUCUGCCUCUUUUCUCCCUUCUGUUGGAUACAUAUGAACCAACGAUGGACAAGAGCGUGUUCAAUAUCCCUCUCUAUCACUACAACUAUAUUCCGCUCUUGCAUCUCGCCGCUAGGAACGAUUUUCCGAGCGCGGUAGAACAUUUAGUCAGGCUCUCUAAGCACCCGCUCCUGGAUAAUAAGAGAAGACUGGCCCUUCAUCACGCAGCAGAGACUGGAUCUCUCCUUGUGAUGGAACUAUUACUGCCAAGAUUGAACAGAAACAUCAAUGACAGGGAUGUGGACGGGUACACGCCUUUACAUCUUGCCGCAAUGAAUAAACGCGAUGACAUGAUCGAACUCUUGAUUGAUGGGGGUGCGAGCCUGUCCAUCACGGACAAGAAGGAACGGACACCCCUGUUUUAUGCCGUCGAAAAUUUUGACUGCACCAAGGUGCAAGCUCUGAUCUCCAAGGGGGCGGACGUCAAUACAAGGGAUUCGACAAUGCAGGGUCCUCUUUUUGUGGCUGCAGAAGGACUUAACACCUCGGCUGUCGCUUUGCUAAUUUGCCACGGCGCUGACGUCGAAGUACGUGAUAAGUAUGGACACAGAGCUCUUGAUAUGGCCGCAUCGUCAUUCUUACGGAGCUUUGCGUCGCCAAGGACUUCAGGUGAACAGGUCACGCAAGCUCUCUACCUGGCCAUUGAGCAUGGGAAUGUCUCUGUAGUCGAUUGCCUUGUACAGCUAGGCGCAAACCUGAACUUGCGUAUUGAUCAGGCUCCUUCCCCAAUAUGUUUGGCUGUCCGGCUCGGUAACUUGGCCAUUGCAGAGAUACUCGCCCACGGGUGGAGUUCGACAGACAAUGGAGAAGAGGAUACGGACGCACUCCCAUCGUCCGUAGCACGUUUCUACAGAGAUCGGCUCAUCGUUCGUGCCGUGGAAAUUGGAAAGGUUCUGAAUUAUCACCUUUUUCUUCAAGCUCUGCAAGCUGGCCGCACAGAUGACUUGAGAUCGCUGGCGGAUAACGAUGAAGGACGACCUUCGAUAAUGGCUACAAUAGCAUGCAUUUUCGGCCACUCCGAGGCCAUAAACACCCUGAAUGAUCAAGGAUACAUUUACAAUGCAAUUUUCAUAAUGUGGUGUGCAGAAACCCUAAACGAAGAUUUCGCUGCGCGCCUAGUCAGGCCGGACCGACUCAAGAGGCUCAACGACUCGAAUAGAGCCCUCUGGCUCCUAGUGCUUAUCGCUAGAGCAUUCGACCGCGCUGAGGUUGAGACCACGAUCCUCAACAUAAUUUACCUUCGCCAACAGUGGAUGGAUCCUGGCAGCAAUUGA